AGGGCACUCAAAGCGCGGAAUUUGUUUGAAUUAAACUGCUGAUUGGAGCGCUGAAGUGACUCACUGUCAAUAGCGGACGAGUUGCACUUGUAUUUCGUUCAACGGCGCGGUCUGUGUAUUGAGUAUUGUAAACGUUGCAAGAAAAUUGUAGAUUCUUCUGUAACUAAUUGCUAUUAAAAUGACUUCCACUGAAUUUACAAUUGGUUUGGAUGGCUCAAGAAACUCAUCAAAAGUUUUAAAGCCUCCAGGUGGUGGUUCCAGUGACAUUUUUGGACUUGGAGCUGCACAGUACUCGUCUAAUGAGCGUCAAAAAAACAAAGAAGCUGCUUCUGGAAAUACACAAAAUAGAUUAUUUGGUUCGUCCGAGAAUGGCACCUCUACUCCUGCCAAGAAGCAUAAUACUUCAAACAUUUUUGCAAGCGAGCCUCCUCAGCCUGCUAAAUCAUUUAAAAAACCUUACGUUCGCCGUAAUCCUAUAACUGGUGAAGAAUAUGAAAUGUAUCCUGAAAAUGAGAAGAAAGAAAAUGGAGAGAAAGAAAAAAAUGAUGAUGAACAAGAAAAUAAUGUUGAACAAAAUGGUGGUACAACUGAGGAGGAAAAGAAAACUGAAGCUCCACCAGCUAAGCCCAUUACAACAAGUAUUCGUGUGAGAAAUCCACCUGGUGGGAAAUCAUCUGGAAUAUUUUAGUUUGCUGUGCAAAUGCUACUCUCUGUGUAUUUAUGGAUGUUGUCAUUUUGUAUUUUUGGGUUUAGACUAUUUUAUGUGCACUUAAUUGUAUUUAUAAAUUUAAUAUAGCAAACAAAAGGCUUCUUUAACUACCUUGUAGAUUUGAAGUUAUUUUUCAAUCUAAAUAUGCUGAGAACCUUCAAGCUAACUAAUUUUUAACUUUUAUAAAAUUUUCCAUGUACAGAAGUAGGAUUAAUGUUGGCUUAAUAUUUCUCAUGGCAUUUUCUUUAUUUAACUUUUGAAAACUUAAUAAACCUGCAAAAUGCUUCUUGCUCAACUGACAAAUUGCAUGCCUGCAACUGUUAAGAAGUUUGGACAAUGUUAAUCAUUUUUCAUGUUUUUACAAAAUUGUCAAAACUAACGAUUUAAGAAUGUAAAAUCAUCAGCACUAAAUUUAAUCCAACUUUAGACUAGUCGUCUGUGUAUUUUCAAACAUGCGACCAAAAAAAAAAUCUGGAUAUUCAGUACAAUCAGUAUUUAUGACAGUUAAGUCAUGCAGUAGUUUGAACAUUUAGCAUUUUUUAAAUAUUUUCCCGUAAAGUGUGUAUUAAAUAUCUGUGAUUUUAUGUGUACAGUUUAUUCAUUUACUAUAGGUUAUUAAUCUGUUUGUCUUGCACACACUAUUAAAUCUGUGUAUUUGGUGAAAUUAAAGUCUGAAUUUGUUUCAUUUUGUUUAUGCUUUUUGGAUCUGAUUUAAAGCUAGGUGUUCUUGAAAACUUAUUUUCAACAGCACCGCCAUUUCAUGUGCGGACAAUUUGAAACAACUUUAUUAAAAAUUUAUUUUUGAAGAACUGCUCAAACAUGUACCUGUUUGCCAAAUAUGCAAUAAGAACAUAAAUUAUUUUGUCGGUAUUAAGCAUUUAUCUUGUAGUAUUCUUUAAAUGUUUCCUAUUUAUGAAAUUCUAAGUAAUUAGCUUGUCAUGUCUUUGAUUUAUGUGAUUUUGAUAUCUAUUUUUAUAGCUUUUUGUUUUAUUUUCAUGGAAUAAAAUGUCUUGUGAUAUUGA